AUGGGAAUUCGCUAUUAUUUCAAUUCCAUAUAUUUGAACAAACAUUGCAUAAUAUUUCCAUUGAUGCAAUUAGUUGUAAUAUUCUGCUUAGUCAUUUAUGUACACUUUGAUUUAAACUUAUUUUAGUUAAUUAUAAAUAGGAAUAAUGAUUUAAUACUACAAAUUACAGAAUCUCUACUAACUUGUAUAUUUUUUUUUGAACUACUCGUUAAGAUUUUCAUUUAAAAAGAAGUAAUUCUAUAAUAAUAAAUAGAAUUACCUCCAAAAUAACAAUAAUCUAACAGAUCUAAUUUUAUUUACUACAAUUAUUUCUCUGAUGGUAAUUUAGAAAACAAUAUCAAUAAACCUAAAAUAAGAACAGGAAGAGGAACUGAUCUCGAUAGCAUUAUUAUUUAUUAGAUAUGCAGUUCAAUCUGUGCGUCUAUAUAUGAACAUAAAAAUGUAUUGUUCUUAAUUAUAAUAGAAAUCGAUAAACGAUUGCUUUUAUAUAAAACAAUGAUAUUUCAUUUACAAACGAGUAGCAAAUAUAAUCAGCUAUCGAAGUUAAUUAAUAAUGA